AAACACGUUUGGGCACGACGGAGGAAUGUUACAAAAUUGGCUAGUCAGCGUCCUGCCGUGACUUGUGGUAACGUAAGUUUGAGUCUGUAAAACUAAUACGUAUUCUUCCAGACUACCAGGCUGACUUAAGUGGAUAGAUACUGCGUGAAGCACGCUUUGCUUUGCUUUCACACCCAUCUCUCAGUGCUCACUCCGCCCAACCGCCGUCAGUUUAUAGAAGGAAGCGCCGAGACAUCAGAGAGAAGAUCGCCUGUGUGCCAACUAAUCUAAGCUGAAGAUGGCUGACGGAAAACUAGGUGGCAACCUUGGGGGUAACAUUGGCGCCGGAGCUGGCAUCCUGGCCAAACGCUUUCAGAAAUCAAUGAACCGAGCACAAGAGAAGGUUCUGCAGAAGCUAGGAAAAACCAUGGAGACCAAAGAUGAGCAGUUUGAGGAGUGCUCUGCCAACCUGAACAAACAGCAGACAGAUGGCAUCAGACUUUUUAAGGACGUUAAAGCCUACCACAAUGCUGUUAAAGUGAUGCAUGAAUCAUCCAAACGCCUGUCCCAGACUCUUAAAGAUAUCUAUGAACCAGACUGGCAUGGUGUAGAAGAUCUUACUGUCAUAAUGGAGAGUGAGGAUCUCCUGUGGAAUGACUAUGAGGAGAAGCUAAACGAUCAAGUCAUUCGAACAAUGGAGAAUUAUACCGCACAGUUCCAAGAUGUCAAAGAAAGAGUAGCUAAACGAGGAAGGAAACUAGUCGAUUAUGAUUCAACCCGACAUCAUCUGGAGGCAUUACAAAGCGCCAAGAAGAGAGAUGAGGCCAAAGUAAAUAAGGCUGAGGAAGAGUUUAACAAAGCCCAGGAGGUAUUUGAAGAAAUGAACAAGGAGUUGAGAGAGGAACUGCCUGUUCUCUACCAAAGUCGUAUCAGUUGCUAUGUCACCAUGUUCCAGAACAUCUCAAACCUGCGGGAUGUUUUCUACAAGGAGAUGAGUAUGUUGAAUCACAACAUUUAUAAUAUGAUGAAGAAGCUUGAAGAUCAGCACUCUACCAAACCCUUCAUUGUUAAAGGAUUGAACAGUUCUAAAUCAAAGAAGAGAAAGUCUGUUACAAUCUCUGCACCAAUCCCCUGUAACACCGCCUUCCCUCCUGAUCAUCCAGCUAUGAGCAAGCUCAGCAUGCCCGACACCCUCACACACACGGACACAUGCAUACACACUCCCUCAAAGAGCACAGAAAUAUCAGAAUCCGAGUCAGACUCUUUUGACAGUGAACCCAACACCCCCAAACGGCAGUCUUUGUGUUCGGUUCGUUCUGACGGAGCUGCCGAAAACACAUCUGAAAGUACCACUGAUGAGACUGUGCAAGCAAACGGUCAAGAACAUCAAGAUUCAGUGUCUGUUGAGCACCGGGAAGAGGAGGAAGCUAAAUCAGCAGCAUCAUCAGAAGACACCCAUGAUGCAUCUACAGAUGGAGACGAUCAGACUAAACUCUUAUUGGCCGAGGAGGACAAACCUGCACCCGUCCCCACUCCUCGAAGAUCCAGCACAUCAAAGAAGAAUGAAGGAGAGAUGGAUGAAAAUACAAAAGGCUCCAGUGAAGAUGUGCAAGACCAAAAGACGGAAUAUAAGAAUCCUCCUGGUUUCCUCUAUAAGGCUGUCGCUCUGAAAAGUCAAGACUCGGAUGAAGGUGUGCUGCUUCUGUUUGAAAAGGGAGAUGUGAUCCUUACGUUUGUAGAUGAAGAAGAAGAAAAGCCUGAAGGCUUUGUGUGGGGAGUGAGAGAGCAGGACUGGAUCCAGUACAAGGAUCUGACUCUUCUCUCCGGCAUCGUGGAGGAGUCUGAGAUCCAGCGCAACACCUCAUGAAGGACGCCGUGUGAACCCAAAGCCCCUUCAGUGCCUGUGGAGUGUCCUGAUGACUGGAUGUUGUAAUAUGAACUCUGUCUGCACUGUGCUCUAGCCUUGAAAGACACUCUUGUCUUGUCAGUUGUUGUCUUUACAAACUUCCUGUUGCGGACUCAAGCCUGCAGACAGUCUUAGUCCUUUAUUUUCAGAUCUUCUUUGGCUUUCUGAUUUUUAUAGAUCCUAGUAUCGAUCACUAGAUUUACACAUCAUUUGUAGAGGUAUCGUCACUGUUUAAUACUUAUGAUUGUUCCAGUAUAUUGUGUACAAAUAUAUAUAUUUUUAAACAUUUUCAAGUGGUGAAUAUUAAUACAGUUUCUGUUGAAUUAGCAUCUUGUGGCUCUAUGUGUGUCUUGUAAUGUUUACCGUCUGUUGUUUCUCAUAUAUCUCAGUGUUAAAGGUUGACUACCAAGCUUGUGACAAUGUUUACAGGACUAAAAAAAGUUUCUGAUGUUCACUGUGAAACAGUUUUCUAAAAUGAACAGAGAAAGUCUGUUGUUUUUCUACAAUAAAGUUAAGAGCAGAAGAAGUGGGAAA